AUGCCACAAAACGAAUAUAUUGAAUUACACCGUAAAUGCUAUGGAUAUCGUUUGGAUUACCAUGAGAAAAAAAGAAAGAAAGAAAGCCAAGAGGCUCAUGAACGAUCAAAGAAGGCCAAAAAAAUGAUUGGCCUGAAGGCUAAGCUCUACCACAAACAGCGCCCUGCUGAGAAAAUACAAAUGAAAAAGACCAUCAAGAUGCAUAAAAAGAGAAACACCAAACAAAGGAUGACUCCUCAGGGAGCAGUACCUGCCUAUCUGCUGGACAGAGAAGGCCAGUUCCGAGCAAAAGUGCUGUCCAACAUGAUUAAACAAAAACGGAAAGAGAAAGCGGGAAAGUGGGAAGUCCUUCUUCCCAAAGUUCGUGCCCAGGGAGAAACAGAAGUAUUAAAAGUUAUUCGUAGGGGAAAAAGAAAAAAGAAGGCAUGGAAGAGGAUGGUUACUAAAGUCUGCUUUGUUGGAGAUGGCUUUACAAGAAAGCCUCCUAAAUAUGAAAGGUUCGUCAGACCAAUGGGCUUACGUUUCAAGAAGGCCCACGUAACACAUCCUGAACUGAAAGCCACCUUUUUCCUGCCAAUACUUGGUGUGAAAAAGAAUCCCUCAUCUCCACUUUAUACAACUUUGGGUGUCAUUACCAAAGGGACAGUCAUUGAGGUGAACGUGAGUAAGCUGGGCCUAGUGACACAAGGAGGCAAAGUUAUUUGGGGUAAAUAUGCCCAGGUUACCAACAAUCCUGAAAAUGAUGGAUGUAUAAAUGGGGUCUUACUGGUUUGACAGAUACCUCAUACAAGUAACUCCUUACAAUUUUUGAAGACUACAAACCAAUCAGGAAAACUACCAUCACUAUGUUGUUUCUGAGUGCUAUCAAACAGCCUUACUUAGCUGAAAUAAAAGAAAAAACAACUAGUUACUAAAUCAUAAAAAAUAUAUUAUAAAAAUAUAUUAGAAUGGCCUAUUUUUUACAAAUUGGUAUUUUUUGGGGGACUGUUAAGAGUUUACAUGUUAAUAAAUUUGAAUGAUUGAAA